AUGGCACCAUCAAACCCAACAGACUCAGCCGUAGCCACCAUCUCGUCCUACAGAGCCGGGAAACGGCCCCUCCCCUACUGGCUCCUCAACGUCCCCGAACCCCAAUGGCCGUCCCAAUGCCCACCCUUCCUCACCGACAUCUCGCCCCGGAACCUCGACAUCGUCAACGUCCCCGAAGCCGCGUUCCAGCGCCUGACGUGGCCGGAGGUGCGGCGGACGAUCCGAGCCAACCGGAUCGAGGAGUUCCGCCGCGCGCCGCUCGACCAUCGGAAUUAUCUGUGCUAUAUGGCUCGGUUGAAGGAGGAGCAUGGGUCCGUGAUGGAGUAUGUAAGGGAUCGGCGCUUGAGGUGGACGGAUCUUGAUGCUAAGGGUUUGGCGUUCGAGGACCCGGAUGAUGUGAAGAUUAUCUAUAAUGAUUGGCCCUAUGGCAUCGAUAAGAGUAUUGUCCAUCUGUGCGUAUGGACGAAGUUCCCGCUCGACGUCGAUGAGAAGGAUCCGAAUGGGGAUUUGACGCCGGAGAUGAGGGGGAAGAUUGAUGGGUAUGUGGAGAGGACUUUUGGGUCGAGGGUCCCGGCUGAGAAUAUCAUAUGGUUCAAGAACUGGGCGAAGCUGAAAUCGAUACAUUCCAUGGAGCAUUUUCAUGUCAUGAUGAAGGACCCGGAUAUGGAGUUCAUAAAGGAGAUUACGAAGGGGGAUAGCCCGGCCAGCUCACAGCUUUCCGAGAGUACGAUAUUAGACUAG